AUGAAAGUACUUGUUACUAGAAUACUGCCUCCUCAGACACAGGCUCGGUUAUUAAAGCAAGACUUUGAGCUUAUUCAGUGGGAACAGGAUAUUACUAUUCCAAGAGAUGUCCUGCUUGAAAAAGUCCAGGGUGUUGACGCGUUGUUCUGUUUAUUGACUGAAAAGAUUGAUAAUGAGUUAUUGGAUGUAGCAGGUCCUCAAUUAAAGGUGAUUGCUACCAUGAGUGUGGGUUAUGAUCAUAUUGAUGUUGCUGCUGUCAAAGCAAGAAAUAUUAAACUUGGAUACACACCUGAUGUAUUAACAGAUGCUACUGCUGACCUGACGGUUCUGUUGACCUUGGGGGCAUCACGUAGAAUCAAAGAGAGUAUUAAUGCAGCACAAGAUGGAACAUGGGGGAAAUGGAGUCCUACAUGGUUAUGUGGAUCACAAUUUACGAACAAGACAUUGGGUAUUGUUGGUCUUGGUCGCAUUGGUGAAGCAACUGCUCAACGUUUAAAAGCGUUUGGUAUUUCUCGUAUUGUUUAUUCUGGACGUAGUCAAAAGCUUGAGGCCGAGAAACGCCUUGGAGCAGAAUAUGUUUCAUUUGACACACUACUGAAAGAAUCAGAUGUUGUAAUUGUUUGUUGUGCCUUAACAAAGGAAACACAGGAUUUGUUUGACUAUUCUGCUUUUUCAAAAAUGAAAAAGACGGCUGUCUUUAUUAAUUCAGCUCGUGGUGGUAUAGUCAAUCAAGCUGAUUUAGUUAGUGCACUGGAAAACAACUUGAUUGGCUCUGUUGGUUUGGAUGUUACAACACCCGAACCUCUUCCUCCUACGCAUAAAUUAUACAGUUUUCCUAAUUGUUUGAUUCUUCCUCAUGUAGGAAGUGCCACAAUAGAAACAAGAGAAAAUAUGGCCAAUAUGACACUUGAGAACAUUUUGGCAGGUAUAAACGAUAAACCACUUCCUUACUCUUUGUAG